CUUCCAGCAGCAAUAGCUGCACCCACCCCAAUUUCAGCACUAGUUCAUUCAUCUACUCUGGUUACAGCGGGCGUCUAUCUUUUGUUUCGCUCAUAUUUUUUAUUCUCUCAAAAUUUUUUGUUUGGAAUUUCUUUAUUUGGAAUUUUAACAGCAUCUAUAGCAUUUUCCUCUGCCCUAUUUGAACUAGAUGUAAAAAAAAUUGUAGCUUUAUCUACACUUUCUCACAUUGGGGUAAUAGUUGUUAUACUAAAUUUCCCAUUUAUUAUAUUCUCCCACUUGAUUAUUCAUGCCUACUUUAAAGCUUUGUUGUUUAUAGUUAUAGGAAUAGCUAUUCACUUUUACCAAAGAGCCCAGGAUGCAAGUUAUUAUGGUCCUCUUAAUUUAAAAGAUCCCCUUGCUCUUUCUAUUUUUAUAAUUAGAGUUAUAAGUAUGUGUGGGGCCCCAUUUAUAUCAGGAUACUUUAGAAAAGAUUGUAUACUUGAAACCGCCUUUAUUUUAGGAUCAAUGCUAUCAAAAAUAUUUUGAAUAAUAGUCUUAAUAAGAUCUCUUCUAUACUCUAUUCGUCUUACUUGACUAACUUUUAUAAAAAAUAAAAAAAAUCAAGCCAUUGAUUUUUAUGAAUCCUGCCCAUCAAUCAAUCACAUAAGAACUUCAAUUUUAUUAGUUAUAGCGGGAAGCGGGGGGAAUAUGGUCAUAAGAUUUUUCCCAAUACACCACUGACCAGUCUGAACUUCCUUAUCAGAAAAACUUCUUAUUAUCUUUUUAAUUUCCUUAACUAUCAUUAUAUCGAGAACAUCGCCAAAUAAUAAAAUUAAAAAAAUAAUCUUUUGAUUCUCUACUAUAUGAACUUUGACCUUUUUAUCCCGAGUGUUAAACUUUAUUUCAUACCAGCUAAGUUUUAAUUUUUCUAAAUACCCCGAAAAAUUACUUUUUUCCUUUUUAUGCCAAGGAAAUUUAAAUAUCCCUAUUAUGAAGAUAUUUAAAAUAAAAAACCACAUUUACUCUAUUGAUUUAAUCAAAUCUUUUUUUAUAAUAUUUAUUUU